AUGUCAGAAGAAAAUAUUCCUCUGGUGCAAUCUGCAGAGGAAGACAACAGUGCAAAUGAAGACUUGUCGAAUCAAUCUCGAGCAACCUGGCCUAGAUUAUGGCUCCUAUGGUCUUCACUGAUCAUAUUUUUUGUAUUAGCAAUCAUUCUCAUACCCAUUAUCGUCAUUUCUGUUAAAACACGUCGAUCGUCCUCCGCUACACAACGAAUCGAUUGUUAUCCCGAAAUCAAAUCAAAAUUUUCAAAUUAUUCGAAAGAAGCCUGUCUUAAACGCAAUUGUCUAUUUGACAAGUCACCAAGUCCAAAUGUUACUCAAUGUUAUUUAAAUCCUGCCUAUGGCUACAUAUUUCAACAAGAAGAACAAACAAAGACAGGUAUACGAGUAAAACUGCGACGAAAUCAAGCAAUUGCCAGUAUGUUUCCGGAACCUAUUGAUAAUGUAGUACUUGAUGUUCAAUAUUACACUAACGAUAUACUUCGAUUCAAACUUUAUGAUGAUGAUAAUCAACGAUACGAGGUACCGAUCCCAUUAACUGACCCACUCGACCACACUUUGUCACCACAGUACGAAUUUACUUAUUCAUCGAAUGUUCUACCUCACAAUCUGUUUUCGUUCGUUGUCAAACGUCGUGCAAGUGAAACUAUUCUAUUCGAUACAUCUCUCGGUGGUCUCGUGCUCAAUAAUCAAUUUCUUCAAAUCGUUACACGACUUCAAUCGCCACACAUUUACGGAUUUGGUGAGAACAAUCAUGAUACACUUAAACAUAAUGUAUAUGAACAAAAAACAUGGGGUAUUUUUGCGCGUGAUCAAAAUACGUAUUGGGAGUCAAACACGAAUCAUUAUGGUUCACAUCCAUUUUAUGUUCUCAUGGAACAAAUACCAAAUUCAGAUGGACUUCCAUCAGGUCAUAUGCAUGGAGUUCUCUUACUCAAUUCGAAUGCUAUGGACUAUUCAUUUAGUUCGACACCAUCGUUAACAAUACGUACAAUCGGUGGUAUUCUCGAUUUUUUCAUUUUUCUUGGUCCAACACCAGAACAAGUCAUUCAACAAUAUACAUGGCUUAUUGGACGAUCUAUCUUGCCACCAUAUUGGUCACUCGGUUUUCAACUUUCUCGAUGGGGUUAUUCCAGUUUGAAUCAUAUGCAAACUGUCAUAGAUCGCAAUCGUGAUGCUGGUGUGCCGCUUGAUGUAAUAUAUACUGAUAUUGAUUAUAUGGAUUCAAAAAAAGAUUUUACAAUCGAUCCAAUUCAUUUUCGUCGAAUAAACCAAUAUGUUGCUCUAUUGAAACAAGAUGGCAUAAGAACAAUGGUUAUUAUUGAUCCGGGUAUGAUUAAUGAUAAAGAUUAUUAUGCACCAACCAUUGAAGGCAUUCAAGAAGAUGUAUUCAUUCGAUGGGAUCAUACGGGGAUACUGAUGAAAGGAGCUUGUUGGCCAGGCGAUGUUUUUUUUCCAGACCGAACUCAAGCUUGGUGGUCACGAUGGAUAAAAAAUUUUCGACAAGUCAAUUUAACAUUCGAUGGACUUUGGCUUGAUAUGAAUGAGCCUGCUUUGUUCAAUACAAAUGAUCCGAUUUCAUGGUAUUGGAUGGAGGCUGGCAGUAACUAUACACUAAAAUGUCCACAAAAUCUAUUGGACGAUCCACCCUAUCGUACAAAGGCUGUUUUUCAAUAUGACGACAAUAUGAAUCGAUCUGCUCGUCUUUCUGAUCGCACUUUAUGCAUGUCAGCUCUUCAAGGAGAAUUAAAUUCAAUGACAGGUAGACCUAAAUAUCGACACUAUGAUGUUCACAAUCUCUAUGGCUGGAGUGAAACAAGAGAAACAUGGAAUGCGCUAAGAUUAGCCAUAAACAAACGAAGUUUAAUAUUAACUCGUUCAACUUUUGUUGGUUCGGGUCAAUGGAGUAGUCAUUGGUUUGGAGAUAACCAAGCCACAUGGCAUGAAAUGAAACGAUCGUUGAUUAUGAUGGUUGAAUUCAAUUGGUUCGGUAUUCCAUUCAAUGGUGCUGAUAUUUGCGGUUUUGAAAAAUCACCAAGUGAAGAAAUGUGCAUUCGAUGGAUGCAAAUUGGUGCCUUCUAUCCGUUUUCCCGAAAUCACAACGGUAACAAGGCAUUUGAUCAAGAUCCAGCUUCUUGGUCUGCAUUAGCGGUUUCUAUCAUGAUUUCGGCUCUUCAAAUUCGUUAUACUCUUCUACCAUACUAUUACACAUUGUUCUACAAAGCACAUACACAAGGUUCAACAGUUAUUCGACCAUUGUUUCAUGAAUUUUCAACAGAUAAAACAACACUCGAUAUUUAUCUUCAAUUUCUCAUUGGACCACAUAUCAUGAUAGCACCAGUUACCGAUGAUGGAGCACGACAAGUUCGAAUCUAUAUUCCUUCAUCACAUUGGUACAAUUAUUAUACAGGUUCCCUUAUUCAAACACAACAACAAUUUGUGAUUGCAGAAGCACCAUUAGAAACCAUACCAAUUUUGUUGAGAGGUGGAGCCAUUUUGCCAACACAAGGCUAUGCUUUGAAUACAAAAUAUUCAAGAGAGAAACCAUUUGGACUCAUUAUUGUUCUAAAUGCAAAUGGUCGAGCAGAAGGAGAUCUCUUCUAUGAUGAUGGUGAAUCUCUUGAUACAAUCGAUUCACAAAACUAUUAUUAUGCAUCAUUCAAAUGGUCAUCAGAGAACAGUAAAUUGUCGAUUAAUGUUAUCAAAAAUAACUAUGCACAUAUGUCGAGAUUAAUCUUAGAUUCAUUAGUCAUCUAUGGAUGGAAUCGAAUACCAACUAGAAUACGUGUUAACAACAAACAAGUGCAUCCAAUAGUGAAAUUUCAUAUGCAAAUUGUUCAUAUCGAGAAAUUAGCGUUGGUCAUGAACACAAAUCACAUAGUCACAUGGGACGAAAUUGCAAAUAAUGACGACUAA